AUGCGCUACUUUUUCGUGAUUUUUGUUUUAUUCUUUGUGUUUUUACCAAGAUCAACGGAGGCGAUUCGAUGGCUGGCGCUUCACGAAAGCGAUGGAAACUGGACGGAAAGUGAUUGUUCCGAGGCGCGACGCAGUGGUGCUUUGUGGAGCGCACAGGCGCGCGUGUGUCGCCGGCAGCCGGGCGCCAUGCCCCACGUGGUGGCUGCCGCGCGUAUCGCACGGACCACUUGUCUAAGCACAUACGCUGGUGAAAGAUGGAACUGCUCCUCCAUCGAGCUGGCACCGAAGUUCACACCAGAUCUGUUAACAGGCACACGUGAGCAAGCGUACGUGUACGCGAUAUCGGCGGCGGCGUUGUCGUGGUCGGUGGCGCGCGCGUGCGCGGCGGGCGCGCUGGCGGCGUGCUCGUGCGCCGCGCCGCCCCGCGCGCCGCCGCGCCCGCCCCGCGAGGCCGCGCCGCCAGAGCCGCACGCACGAUUCAAAUGGGGCGGUUGCGGCGAUAACUUUCAAUGGGCUGAAAGAUUUGCCAAACAAUUUCUUGAUGCUCACGAAAUCGACGUUAGGGACGGCAAGAUCGAAAAUUUUAUCGAAGUGGAAACUACGACGACUGAAAAGCCAACGACAACGACCAGAUUGGAGACGACCACAGUGCCACCUGUGGUAAUACUAGUAGAUGAUCAACCGGCACCGGCAAAUAUUACUGCCACGCCAAGACCUAGGAAAGGACGGCGUGGCCGAAAAAGAGUGCCAAGAUCCCCACGACGGGGCAGACCUACGAGAAAACGAUUUAGAUCCAGGUACGGAUAUGACGACAGAGGAUCACGCCACCGCAAUAUCGAGUACCGCAUGGCGGCGGACGACCCGCGUUUCGACCCGCAAGUGGACCUGCGCACGCGGCUUGAGUCACUCCGCCCGCUUAUCGCAUCUGCCAACUUGAUGAACGCACGCUUCGGAAGAAAGGUGGUGUCGAGCGGCAUGCGCACCAAGUGCACGUGCCACGGCGUGUCGGGCUCGUGCUCGGUGCGCACGUGCUGGCGCGCGCUGCCGGCGCUGGCGCGCGUGGGCGCGGCGCUGGCGGGCGAGGCGGCGCGCGCCGGCCCGCUGCGUGCGCACCCGCGCCGCCGCGCCCGCCCGCGCGCCCGCCUGCGCUACGUCACGCCCAGCCCCGACUACUGCGAGCCCGAGCCCGCCGCCGGCUCGCCCGGCACGCACGGCAGGAAGUGCAACGCGAGCGCGGGCGCGGCGCGCGGCGGCUGCGGGCGGCUGUGCUGCGGGCGCGGCCGCCGCGCCGUGCGCUCGGCGCGCCUCGAGCGCUGCCGCUGCCGCUACCACUGGUGCUGCCGCGUCGACUGCCAGCUCUGCCGCAUCACCACCGAGGAACACUACUGCAACUGA